AUGGAAGUUACAACCUCCGAGCCAACAGGAUUAGUUGUAAAUUAUAACACCCUUGCUGGAAGAGCAGCAAUGGAUUCUCUAUCACCAACUCAAACUCGACCACCAAUCCCGAAUUCAGAAAAUGAAAAUCCAUCAAAUAACCAAGGUCUUAUUUCUUCCUUCGUUUCAUCGUCGAGUUCAAACAUUCCAUCUUUAUCCAACACGAUCGGAAAUGAAUUGACAGGAUCUUCUCAAAACAACCAUAACACUACAACUCUCUCCAAGCCCAUGAAAAAUCCUUCAUCACCACAAAAAUCACCAAUCAAUAUCUCCGCUUCUAUCAUUGAAGCAAAACAAAAGAGGCCUAAAAAACCCAAAAAUGUCUUCCUCAAAUAUAAUCUAAGGUCAAGCAAAAGCAAACGAAAAUAUUUUAUUAGAAAUAUUGAAUUUCAUCCACUGAUGGCAUUCAUCAGCGCUGCCGUAGAGAUCCAACGAGUCGUGAAAGGUUUUUUGAGUAGAAGAGGAUUUUAUUCAAAAAGGAUUCAUGAAUUGAGACUUGCUAAAAAGUUAGAAUUAGAAGAGCAGCGAAGAGAAUACGAUAAGGCCUUCGAAAAUGCAACAAAAGCUCUUAUAUCAUCAAACUCUCGAAAAAACGAAGACAAUCUAAGAAAUUUUAUGUCCACUUACAUUCCAAUUCUUCAAGCAAAGUUUCAUCAAAUCAUUGCGGUGUGGAAAUAUAGUAAUAAUGAAGCAUUACGAAAUAGAUUAACACACAUUGCUGCCACUGUCAUUCAAUCGAGAUAUCGACUCUACAGAAGAAGACUAUUCGAGAAAACUGGAAGUACACAAGUGUUUUUUAGAAAGUACAAAAUGUAUUUCUAUGACAGAAAAAGUCAUGCUGCUUUUAUUAUUCAAAAAUGGUGGAGAAAUUGUAUCAAUAAGCAAAUAUUUCAAUUCUACAAGCAAUUAAUCGUGUUUAAGGAAAGGUCUCAUCCUUAUGAUAUUUUAAAAGCCAUCAAUCCAUCAGAAGCUCCUCUUUUGGAUCCUGCCAUUGGUGCUUUUAUUCGAUUUCGUUUAGGAGGUUCACAAUUUCCACCUGUAAUUUAUUACAAAAUUUUCAUGAAACAACCUGUGAUUGAUAUUAACGCAUUUGCACCCAGAAAUUAUGCCAGUAGAGAUGUAAAUAAUAUAUCCAUUCAACCUGUAUAUUUUGGAAAUCACAGAGAUUUACUUACAAAGCAAUGGGAUUUUGAGGAUUGGUAUCAAAGAGAGGAGCGUAAUUCAUGGCGACCUGUCGCCACCUCUCUUUUGGUUCAUGAAGAAAUAUUAUUGGACCAACAGUUUCAUGUUUGUUCCAAUUUCCUGUUGGACAGAGUGAAAAAAGAAGUUCGUCAAACGAAAAAUCGGUUCAGCCUUUUUCCAAGCACAACUUAUAAGGUUCUGCAAGCGGUAAAAAGUGAACAAGAAGCCAUUGACAAACUUUUACCCUAUCACUUUAUGCCUUCAAAACGAAAAGAAAAUCUUUUAAAAAAGAAGCGGAAAAAGAGAUUGGAAUGGCUCAUUAAACUGAAAAAGGUGGACAUGAUCAAAACACAGGCCACUAUGAACAGCGCUCCAAACGAUGAAUUCACUGCUUUCGAUGAUGAUACUCCAAUAUCAGAGGACAGCAAUGUACGAAGCGCUCAAUCAGACUUGCGAAUACUUGCGUUGACCAUGAAAGAAAAGGACUUACUUGCAGAACUUGAAGAGAUUGAGUUGUUUGGAGAUGUGGCACACGUCGAUGAUGAAAUGGAUGAUUUACUCCAAUGGUGCGAUGAUUUAGAUUUUUACAAAUAUACCGAAGACUGGCAGUUACUUGCAACAACUUUAAGCUCCAACGAACCUCGAAGACACAAUUUGCCACAAAACACUCACAUGAAGGUUGAAACUCCAGAAAUUGAGAAAUACCAACAAGAAAUGCUUCUCACACAGGAGAAACUCAAAGCUCAUGACGACACUCCAUUCAUUCGACCAAGCACACCAAGCUCCGAGUACAUGACCAUUACAAGUUCAGAGUAUGAAGAAAUUUCCAAAACAAUACAAGCCCAGAAAGAUGAGAUCCAGCAGAAAGCAGAGGAGAUAUCAGCCAAUUUGCAAAAAACAAUUGCUCAAUCGAUUGAGAACAAGCAAAAGAUGCUAAAUGAGUUGGCAUGA